AAAGCGAUCUUACUUUAAACCGCCAUAACUUAAUAAUUUCAAAUAUUAUUCAAAAUCAACCUCACCGCAUUGGUUAUGUGAUCAAAAGGAUCAAAAUUAAAAUAAGUUACCAGGAAAUUAACUGUGGAAUUCUUAUAUCAUGACUUCAGGGCCUUACUAACCCAUAAAUCGAUACAAAAAAAAACAAACAGGUAAUGAAACUUAAAAACAAAUGCUUCACAGACUACCCGCUUUUAUACGAUGGCCGCCUUGGGCCUGCUGCUGCUGGUGGGAGUGCACGGGACCACGAUAAUCAGCAUCAAGUAUCCGGAGAAACCCGCCGAGGUUAUCGUGGAGCCGCAGCCAGCGAAAAGGGAUCUUAGCCUGAGCUACGCGGCGACAAACAUCGACUCCAAAGAGGGAACCCGCGUUAAGACCAUCACGGUUAUCAAGAAUGUAGGUGGCAUUUCGGCGCCCGAAGAAGCUGCUGCCUUGGGAUCCCACGUUCCUAAGAAAAAUCAGCAGCCGAAACUGGCCAUCGAUCCAACUCUGCACAGGAGCGAGGAGUGGGCGACCGCCUUCCGGGACAACUUUGAUUCUUAUGGAUCCCUGCCCGAUGUGCCCGAUAUAGACGACCUAUUUGAGUUCGUGAACCGCAAGAAGCCCGAGGCGGAGAAGAAGGCGAAGGCGUCGCCCAGCCAGGAGGAGGAGAAGGUGCCAAAGGAGCUGGCGAAGCCGGCGGAGGAGACCACCACCGAAAAAGCGGUGGCUGCGGGUGAGCAGAGCGAGGGAGCGACUGUUCCCGUUGGCAACAUCGAUAGCGACGAGGCGGUGGUGGAGAAGAUAAAGGGCGAUGCCGAGCUGCUGCCGCACAUCCAACAGGCAAACAUCCUGCGCCUCCAGGCGGCCCAGGCUCUAUCGGGUAUCCGCACCAAGGAGUCCUUGAUAGCCGUCAACUACUCCACACCCAUGCAUCAGGUAAGCCAGUACUACGACAACUACGUCCAGGCGAUGCCCGUCGGCUACGACUACCCAAAACCAUGCGGCCUGGCGCCGGGCAACAGCAUUCCGGUGACCACGCCCUCGGGCCGCCACUAUGACAUCCCGCAGAGCAACAGCAGUGGCACUGGCGGCAGUCCGCCGUACUUGGCUCCGGCAAUUAAAAAGAAUACCCAGAUUCCGCCGAAUACGGUGCAACCUCCGGUUCAGCCUCCAAAUUAUUCCUCAGUCAACUCGUUAGUGCCGCCCAUUGGGCAACAACCACAGAGCAAUGUGAAUCCGCCGCAGCAACAGCCGCCUCCAAUUGUUACUCCUCCGAGCGGAGGCAUCUUGCCACCUCUGGGAUCAGGCGGAAUCUCCACCAGCCAGCGUCCCUACGUUGCGCCCAGGCUGCGCAACAACGGCCUGGGCAUCAACCGGUCGCCCAGUAGCUCACCGGGCCCGGCUCUGUUUCCCGGACAACCCGGCCAGGUGGGGAGUCCACCGCAGGCCCCAAGCUUCCGCACCAGUAUCUUUGGCAAUGGACCAAACGGUCCCAAUACGUUGCGCUCGCGUGGCCUAAAGUAUUGAGCACUUACACUAGGCGUAUAAUAAUAGAUGCGGUAACAGAGUAAUUAGAUCUUGCAAGAUGGGUGCAAUUAAAUUGUCAAUUGAAAAGUAUUUGAAUAAGCAGUUUAUAGAAACAGAAUCUCAAAAAGUGACUUCAAAAAAAGAUUCAUUGGCACAUCAGUAUAAAGAUUAUAUCUAUAAGAUUAAAAAUAAUCACACUAAUAAUUUAAUAGUGAUAGAAUUGAAUAAAACUAUUAUUAUUUUAAUAGUAACAGACAAUAAAAAAUAAGAUAUUGCCAUAGCAAUAUUAAAAUAGUUUUUUUUUUUGUUUUAUUCGCCAGGUGAUGGCGUUACGAUGGUUGCUACGUACGGGGUACAUAUUUUCUUACCUAGGAAGGUUACAAAAUCGAUCAAUUAUCAAUUUAUUAUAGCUUUGGAAGCAAAAGAGAGCUACAUGACCUUGUAAGGUAUGUAAUUCCACCUGAAUCUUCUUAACUUUAACUUUUCUAUGGACAGUAAUUUGUAUGAGACAUCCCAUACGUGGUAAUCUACAACAGAACCCCUGACAUUACAAUUAUUACGGUGGAGAAUUCUGGGGUUUAUUUUAAAUUUCAAGGUUACUAGAGCUAUGAAAAAUGCAUGAAUGCAUUAAAGAAUUCACUCGUUUAACAAUCAACAAUUUAUAUAUUUCCUGCUGCUGUACACUUGAUGGAAGUUUACAAAAAAGGUACUUUACAAUGGUCUGUUUCGCAAUAAGCUACUCACUAAUCUAGGGAAUAAUCUAGCACAAGGCUGUAAGAAAAACCCAUGCUAAACUGUACCUUAGCGCACGCCACUAUAAUUUUUCCAAAUAUGUAAAAGCAAAACAAAACCGAUUUCAUCGAAGCAGAGCACAAAGAGCAGCGAGUUGUUUGGAAGCAAUCAAUACUACUUUACACACAUUUAACGACUUGUUUUAAUUGAAUCGCACUAUUCCCUUGCAGUAUAUUUGUUUUUAUAGCAAGCUCCAUUCGCUUGCAAUGUUGUUGUUGCAGCCUCGCAGUUGUUGUUGAAGCAUCUCCAGAAGAAGAGGAAGAAGCGUAACGAACGUGGAGGAGCGGGAGAGGCGCAGGGACUUCGCUGUUCUAGGUACGAGUACUGGAUUUAUUCAAUGAACU